AUGGAGAAAACUCACGAUCCAUUAUCAUGUCCACUCACAUUAAAGUUAUUUCGUGAUCCAGUGGUAGCACAGGAUGGUCAUACAUAUGAAAGAAAAGCUAUUGAAGAAUGGAUUCGGAAAAAAGGUACAAGCCCACUAACUGACCAACCAUUAUCUAUUGAAAAUUUGAUUCCAAAUCGUGCAAUGAAAAAAAUUGUUGAUUCUUUUGAAAUAUCAACACAUAGUAAAAAUUAUCAAUUUAUACUUGAUGUUGAUGUUAGGAAAAAUAGAGGUCGGCCACUCUUCUCAACAAGUGGCAAGACAAUAUUUCUUGCCGAAUGGUUGCCAACCAAUGAUAAUCGACCAGAAAUAGUUAUUUUAAAAGUUGAUGGAGCUCGAGCACAAAAAGAAGCAUCCUUCUACGUUGAACUAAGUCGUCAUCCACACAUUGUUCGUACAUUUGGUUUGGUACAUGAAAAUAAUAACAAGAUUAAAUCUAAUGCAAUUAUGUUGUUACAAGAAUAUGCACCUGAAGGUAGUUUAUACGAACUCUUAAUGGAUUGCAAGACAAUGCCCAAUGAAGACAUUCUUAUUGAAAUAUUUUUACAGAUUAUUGAUGCUAUGAUAUUUUUAGCAUUUCAUAAUGUAGUUCAUGGUGAUUUAGCAUGUCGCAAUAUACUAAUGUUUCGUUACGAUGAAAAUAAUUCGGAUAGAAUUGUUGUGAAAGUAACUGAUUUUGGAUUGAGUCUUCAUAGCAAACUUUAUUCUUUGGUGCCGGGUGCUGCAAGAACAACAUUAAAUAUUAUUCCGAUUCGAUAUGCAGCACCGGAAUUACUUUCAUCUAACGUCAUACCAAAUGAUUAUACAGAGAAAUCAGAUGUCUUCUCGAUGGGUGUAUUGAUGUGGGAAGCAUAUUCACAAGGAACACUACCAUGGGGAGACAUUGAACGUGAUGAAGACGUGAUUCGCCGAGUUCUGAAUGGUGAUUUACUACCUAAACCAUCCAAUUGUAGUCAAAAGUAUUGGUCUAUCAUCAUUAACACUUGGGCCCAAUCACCAAAUGAUCGACCAACGUUCAGUGAACUGAAACGGCUUCUUAUAGAGCAAACCGAUCAUUCGAGUAAUUAUUCAAUUUUUUUAUUAUCAAACUUUUCAUAA